AUGACGAAGUCUGAUCGAGAGAUUAUCUACUUGUAUGCCGGAGAAAAUCAUCCAAAAGUGAAGUUGACCCGUGAGAGGGAGUUUACCAAUGUAAGAGGUUUGCUGGAAUAUUUCCAUGGGAUUCAGGAUACAUUUUACGUUGAGUUUGAGACCAGUGAGACUAUUACGGAAAAUUUGAAACUACGUUGUACUUCUUAUGGUGGUGAUGAAUUUGAUGGCUCUGUACCUUUCUUUAUCCUUGAAUAUGACGAGAUAUUGGAUUCUUUUUACGUUUGGAAAUCUGAGGGCCAGUGGGAAUUAAAUAAACUGAUUGCGACUUUGUACACUGAUCACUCAAAUAAAGGUUCACAUGCGUGCGGUGAGAUUUUGAGGGAAAGUCCGGAAUUUGCCAAACAUCCCAGGAAGAAAUUGAUCGAUCUGGUAAUAGAUAAGUUGAAUGUGGAUUGGUCACGAAUUGAUAUCGAAGAGUUUUGGUUACAGCUCGAUCAAGUGCUGGCGCUCGAUCAGGACGCUAAAUUGGAUGAAUUUUCGUUCAAGAGUUUGAUUUCUGUCGCUGUAUUGAAGACCAAGGUGAAGGAAAAUAAGAGGAUGCUUCAACAGGCUGUGGUGCAAUACCAUCGACUGAUGAAGUCCAAAGAACACACGGAGAUCGAGCGAGAGGAUGAGAAGAGAGCUGUUUCACCAACAGAUCCGGAGUGUCCGGGACCCAUGUACGCUUUUGGGAAGAUAAACAGCCAAGGUGAUCAAAUUGUAGCUAAUUUCAAUCGUCAUUUCAAAUUAAUGGCCGAAGAUUACGAGACGUUUGAUCUAAAGAACUGGGGGCAAAUAACUCGCAAGUCAAACCGUAGGAAGCCUCGAGGCUCACACACUAAAAAUUGCAUUUCAAAAGUCAAAAGUUAG